UCUAUGAAGGCCGCUACACCGUUUUUGGUUGCCGACGAGCAUGCGUUCCACUUUAAUUCGGAUGAAUUGUGCCCAAGUUUUGAAGAGUUUUGAUCGUGAUCAAUGAUCAUGUUUUACACUCAAGCGCCCCGGGUUAUCUUGCUUCUCCAAAAAUGAUUUCACCUAAAAGUCGGUAGCACGAUUUUAAUAGAUGACGCUGUAGUAGAAAGACUGGAGUAACUAUACUUCUUUGUUUUUCUUUUCUUUUCCAGAAAUCUCUGCUAAAAGAAGUUUCUAUCUUUUUUCAAUCUCCAAUUCUGAAAUUUUCCUCACAAAUUCCCAAUUUCCUUUCAUGCAAUCUUAAUUUUGAAAUUUCUGAAGAAUUUCAGAAUAAUGGAUCAAAACCAAUUCGCGAACGAGCUCAUAAGUUCUUACUUCCUUCAGCAAUGGCGCCAUAAUUCCCAAACCCUAACCUUAAGCUCAACCCUCUCCAAUCCCGGAACUGAAUCGGAUUCCGCACGACCCGAUUUGGAAUAUGAAGAUGAGGGAGAAGAGUUUCCGACGGAGCUCGACACGGUGAGCAGUUCGGGCGGGUUCUCCGUGGUGGGCCCUGAUAAAUUGUCCGUGCUGUACCCGAAUGUGAAUUUGCACGGUCAUGAUGUUGGAGUGGUUCAUGCUAACUGUGCUGCCCCGUCAAAGCGGCUGCUUUACUACUUUGAAAUGUACGUGAAGAACGCCGGUGCUAAGGGCCAGAUUGCCAUUGGAUUCAUCCCCUCUUCCUUCAAAGUUCGACGUCAUCCUGGUUGGGAAGCAAAUACUUACGGAUAUCGUAGUGAUGAUGGGCUGCUUUAUCGUGGGCGUGGAAAGGGAGAAUCGUUUGAUCCAAUGUACACAACUAGUGAUACAAAGUACACAACUGGUGAUACAGUUGGCGGUGGUAUCAACUACGCUACACAAGAAUUCUUUUUCACGAAAAAUGGGGUUUUAGUUGGAACAGUUUUCAAGGAUGUCAAAAGUCCUGUAAUUCCUACCGUCGCUGUUCAUAGCCAAGGCGAGGAGGUCACAGUCAAUUUUGGUAAGGAGCCAUUUGUAUUUGAUAUUAAGGCAUAUGAGGCAGAGCAAAGAGCAAUUCAGCAAGAGAAAAUUGACUGUAUUUCAAUACCACUGGACGCUAGUCAUGGAUUAGUUCGUUCCUAUUUAGAGCAUUACGGGUAUGAAGGAACACUUGAAUUUUUUGAUAUGGCUAGUAAAAGUACCACUCCUCCAAUUUCGUUGGUUCCAGAAAAUGGGUUCGAUGAGGAAGACAACAUGUAUGCAAUGAAUCAAAGGAGGACUCUUCGUGAGCUAAUAAGGCGUGGCGGAAUUGAUGAAACAUUUGCUAAACUCCAUGAAUGGUAUCCUCAAAUUGUUCAGGAUGACACAUCUUCUAUCUGCUUUUUGCUCCAUACUCAAAAAUUUAUUGAGCUUGUCCGGGUUGGGAAGCUAGAGGAAGCUGUGUUGUACGGUAGAUCUGAGUUUGAAAAGUUCAAGAGGAGGUCAGAGUUUGAUGAUCUAGUGAAGGAUUGUGCUGCUUUGCUGGCAUACGAACAGCCCGACAAGUCUUCCGUUGGAUACGUUCUUCGUGAGUCUCAAAGGGAGCUUGUGGCUGAUGCUGUUAAUGCGACUAUUUUGGCAACAAAUCCCAAUGUGAAAGAUGCAAAAUGUUGCUUGCAAUCACGUCUCGAGAGGUUACUAAGACAGCUUACUGCUUGCUUUUUGGAAAAAAGGUCCUUGAAUGGAGGUGAUGGUGAAGCUUUCCAUUUGCGCAGAAUUCUCAAGAGUGGUCAGAAAGGUUAAAUCUAGCUGAUAGGAAUUUCUCGGGCCGUACUCCUUUCCGUGAAUAUAUUCGCUCGAUAUCGUUCAAAAAAAUCUUCUUCCAGUGAUAAGAUUUCUUUCGACAAGUACAAGUUGAGGCUUCGAAUGGCCGCCAUAUUUGCUUUAUCUGCUUAUUUUUCCCAUAAAAUUGGGGGCAAUGAAGUUCUUGAGAUAGAUAUAGAAAUUGAUGUUUAGACCUUUUAGAAUCAUAACAUUGUGAGUGUACAGAUAAACUUGUGCUUAUUUAUGUUCAUUCCUUUAAUGUACAAUUUGAAUGUGAAAUACUUUGAUGUUGCUAUGAGUAAAUGAACAUGGAUAAAUUUUAUUA